CAAUCACGUGACCUCACAUCCGGCGCGGGAGUCCUGAGCUCGCGGGGCGCUCCCCGUGUGCCCGCCGGCCCUCCCCGCAGCGUGACCGGGCGCCGAGGCCGCGGGGAGGGGGUCUGCUUCGUCGCCGACGGCGGGUGGCCGCUUCGCAGCGCAGACCGCCUCCCUCCCCUGCCGGUCUUCCGCGCCGCGCUCCCUUGUUCUCGCCCUGCCGGGCUGCACGCCGUCGCCGCUGCCGCUGCCGCAGGCGCCGACAGCGGAGCGCGGGCGCCCCUGCGCCCGGUGCGGCCCGGGCCCCGCCGCGGCGUCUCUGUUCCCACAGCCGGAGCCGCGACGCGCGGCGGCGGACCCUCGAGCCCGAGCGACCCGCGGCCGCCGGCUCCGGCCGAGGGCGAUGGGGCUGGGCUGAGGAGAGGCGGCGGCGGUGGCGAAAGCGGCCCCCCGGCCCCCUGCGGCCUUUUGGCUGCCCGGGCCGGGAGGCCGCGGAGAAGUCGGCCGGGCGGCGCGGCUGGUCUGACAGAAUCAUCCUGGGAUCUUGGUGUCUGGACAUAAGAGAGCCAGCUUUUGAAAGCUGAUGCGUCAGGAUCGGAGAAGAGCAAUGGUAUAAUGCUAUUGUUCUCUUCACCUGUUGAGUGAAGCACCGUACCUUUCAAGCCACUGUAGAGAUGGACAAAGAAGAGAGGACGAUUAUCAACAAGGGACAAGAAGAUGAAAUGGAGAUACAUGGCUAUAACUUAUGCCGCUGGAAGCUUGCCAUGGUUUGUGUAGGGGUGAUUUGUACUGGUGGUUUUCUCCUCCUCCUCCUCUACUGGAUGCCUGAGUGGCGAGUGAAGGCCACGUGUGUUAGAGCUGCAGUUAAAGACUGUGAAGUGGUGCUUCUCAGGACGACUGAUGAAUUUAGAAUAUGGUUUUGUGCAAAAAUUCACUUUCUUUCUCUGGAGAAUCAACCAAAUUUGAAUGCAAAGUCUUUAGUUAAUAAGGUUUCUAAUGGCCAUGCUGUUCGUCUGACUGAAGAAAAUAGAUGUGAAAUGAAUAAAUACUCACAAAGUCAGUCACAACAGAUGCGUUAUUUUACCCACCAUAGCAUAAGAUAUUUCUGGAAUGAUGCCAUUCACAAUUUUGAUUUCUUAAAGGGACUGGAUGAAGGUGUGUCUUGUGCGUCAAUGUAUGAAAAGCAUAGUGCAGGCCUGACAAAGGGGAUGCAUGCCUACAGAAAGUUGCUUUAUGGAGUAAAUGAAAUAGCUGUGAAAGUGCCUUCUGUUUUUAAGCUUCUGAUUAAAGAGGUUCUCAACCCAUUCUACAUUUUCCAACUGUUCAGUGUUAUCCUGUGGAGCAUCGAUGAGUACUAUUACUAUGCUCUAGCCAUUGUGGUCAUGUCCAUAGUGUCCAUUAUAAGUUCACUGUAUUCCAUUAGAAAGCAAUAUGUUAUGUUACAUGACAUGGUGGCAACUCACAGUACUGUGAGAGUUUCAGUUUGUAGAGUAAAUGAAGAAAUAGAAGAGAUCUUUUCUACAGACCUUGUGCCGGGAGAUGUCAUGAUCAUUCCAUUAAAUGGGACAGUCAUGCCUUGUGAUGCAGUACUUAUUAAUGGUACUUGCAUUGUAAAUGAAAGCAUGUUAACAGGAGAAAGUGUUCCAGUGACAAAGACUAAUUUGCCAAAUCCUUCAGUGGAUGUGAAAGGAAUGGGGGAGGAGCAAUACAGCCCAGAGACUCAUAAGCGGCACACUUUGUUCUGUGGGACGACUGUUAUUCAGACCCGUUUCUACACUGGGGAACUUGUGAAAGCCAUAGUAGUUAGAACAGGAUUUAGUACUUCCAAAGGACAGCUUGUUCGCUCUAUACUGUAUCCCAAGCCAACUGAUUUUAAGCUCUACAGAGACGCCUACUUGUUUCUGCUAUGUCUUGUGGUCGUGGCCGGAAUUGGGUUUAUCUACACAAUCGUCAAUAGCAUCCUAAAUGAGAAAGAAGUUCAGGAAAUAAUUAUUAAGUCUCUUGAUAUCAUUACAAUUACUGUGCCACCUGCUCUUCCUGCUGCAAUGACUGCUGGGAUUGUGUAUGCUCAGAGAAGACUGAAAAAAGUUGGGAUUUUCUGUAUUAGUCCCCAGAGGAUAAACAUCUGUGGACAGCUGAACCUUGUGUGUUUUGACAAGACUGGAACUCUUACUGAAGAUGGUUUAGAUCUGUGGGGAAUUCAGCGAGUAGAAAAUACCCGAUUCCUUUUACCUGAAGACAAUGUUUGCAAUGAGAUGUUGGUAAAAUCUCAGUUUGUUGCUUGUAUGGCUACUUGUCAUUCACUUACAAAAAUCGAAGGAGUUCUUUCUGGUGAUCCACUUGAUUUGAAAAUGUUUGAAGCCAUUGGGUGGGUUCUGGAAGAAGCAACUGAGGAAGAAACAGCGCUUCACAACCGGAUCAUGCCUACUGUGGUUCGUCCUUCCAAGCAGCUGCUGCCUGAGUCUACAACUGCAGGAGACCAAGAAAUGGAGCUGUUCGAACUUCCAGCUAUUUAUGAGAUAGGAAUUGUUCGACAGUUUCCAUUUUCUUCGGCUUUGCAACGGAUGAGUGUGGUUGCAAGGACACUAGGCGAUAAGAGAAUGGAUGCCUACAUGAAAGGAGCCCCCGAGGUGAUUGCCAGUCUCUGUAAACCUGAAACAGUUCCAGUUGACUUUGAGAAAGUAUUAGAAGAUUAUACCAAACAAGGCUUCCGUGUAAUUGCUCUUGCACACAGAAAAUUGGAGUCAAAGCUGACCUGGCAUAAAGUACAGCAUGUUAGCAGAGAUGCCAUUGAAAACAACAUGGAUUUUAUGGGACUGAUUAUAAUGCAGAACAAAUUGAAGCAGGAAACCCCUGCAGUACUUGAAGAUUUGCAUAAAGCCAACAUUCGAACUGUCAUGGUCACAGGAGACAACAUGUUGACGGCUGUGUCUGUGGCCAGAGACUGCGGGAUGAUUCUACCUCAGGACAAAGUUAUCAUUGCUGAAGCACUACCUCCAAAGGAUGGGAAAGUGGCCAAGAUCAAUUGGCAUUACACAGACUCCCUGACACAGUGUAGUGAAUCGUCAGCCAUUGACUCAGAGGCUAUUCCAAUCAAACUUGCCCAUGAUAGCUUAGAGGAUCUUCAGGUGACUCGCUACCAUUUUGCGAUGAAUGGAAAGUCAUUUUCAGUGAUACUGGAACAUUUUCAAGAUCUCGUUCCUAAGUUGAUGUUGCAUGGCACUGUGUUUGCCCGGAUGGCACCCGAUCAGAAGACACAGUUGGUGGAAGCAUUGCAGAACGUAGACUACUUUGUUGGGAUGUGCGGUGAUGGUGCAAAUGAUUGUGGUGCUCUGAAGAGGGCACAUGGUGGCAUUUCCUUAUCUGAGUUUGAAGCUUCUGUGGCGUCUCCUUUUACUUCUAAAACACCCAGUAUCUCUUGUGUGCCAAACCUUAUCAGGGAAGGCCGAGCUGCUUUAAUGACAUCCUUCUGUGUGUUUAAAUUUAUGGCGUUAUACAGCAUCAUACAAUAUUUCAGUGUUACUCUCCUGUAUUCUAUCUUGAGUAACCUGGGAGACUUUCAGUUUCUCUUCAUUGAUCUGGCAAUCAUUUUGGUAGUAGUAUUUACAAUGAGUUUAAACCCUGCCUGGAAAGAGCUUGUGGCACAGAGACCACCUUCAGGCCUUAUAUCCGGGGCGCUCCUCUUCUCUGUCUUGUCUCAGAUUGUGAUCUCCGUUGGAUUUCAGUCGCUGGGCUUCUUCUGGGUCAAGCAGUAUAAAGAGUGUGAUCCGUAUUCAGAGGUUUGCAAUACAACAAGAAGCGCAUGUUGGAACUCGUCACACUUAUACAACGGGACUGAACUUGAUUCCUGUAAAAUACAAAAUUAUGAGAAUACCACAGUGUUUUUUAUCUCCAGUUUUCAGUACCUCACAGUGGCAGUUGCCUUUUCAAAAGGAAAACCAUUCAGGCAGCCUUGCUACAAGAAUUAUUUUUUUGUUAUAUCUGUGAUUAUUUUGUAUGUUUUCAUAUUAUUCAUCAUGUUGCAUCCAGUUGCCUCUGUUGACCAGCUUCUGGAGAUUAUGUGUGUGCCAUACCAGUGGCGCAUAUAUAUGCUUAUCAUUGUCCUCACCAAUGCCUUCGUGUCUAUCACGGUGGAGAGCUUCUUCCUUGACACGGUCCUUUGGAAAGUUGUGUUCAGUCGAGACAAACAAGGAGAGUACCGUUUCAGCACCACACAGCCACCACAGGAGUCAGUGGAUCGAUGGGGGAAAUGCUGCUUGUCCUGGGCCCUGAGCUGUAGAAAGAAGACACCAAAAGCAAAGUACAUGUAUCUAGCCCAGGAGCUCCAGUUUGAUCCCGAGUGGCCGCCGAAGCCUCAGACGACGACGGAAGCCAAAGCUAUAGUGAAGGAGAACGGAUCAUGUCAGAUCAUCACCAUAGCAUAGCAAAGACUGCUCUGCUGUCCAGUAGCAGUGACGACCCUGUCAGAACAGCACUCUUUCAGUUUAUAUAGCCCUCUCAUAAUACGGCAGUUAAAAACACAGAACAGUGAAGUGUCAUUUCUGCACAGUUAGCUUUUAACUAUAAAUCUGGCUAUAUCUUCAUGCAGUAACCUAAAUACGAUGCACACUUUGUAUUGGGUAUGAGAAACUGUUUGUGUUUUACAGAUUGUAGGUUUUGACACUAGUUUGCCUCUAUAAUUUUCACAAAUCCCCUUAUUAGAAAGUUCUUUUACAUGUAGGCCCCAAAAUUGUGAUAGUUAAAAAUAAUAGUUAAUUGUGAUUAGCCUUUAGUGAAAAUAGGUUGAAAACCUGCUUUGAUCCAGUGUUUUCUCCCAAAGAAGACUACAUUAAACGUACACCAGUUUUCUUUUAUGACCUGUAGUGUUAUUGUUGAUAGAGCAACUCAGGUGAUUUCCAUUUCUGGUUUUAUAUUUUCUGUGUAGCCUGCCUUGGUGUACUUUCUAGACAGCUAGGUGCUCCACUGCUGUCUUGAGAUGUCCUUCAUAGUAUUCCAUGGGUCCCAUGUAGUAUCUGACAUCAGCAGUCUACUUAAGCAAAGAAGUCUCUCACUAGAAAGGUCUAUUUCUGAGCCAGGUAUGACAGUAAAGGCCCCUAGUCCUGCACAGGCAGGAGGCUAAGGCAGGAAGAUUGUUCCUAUAGGGUCCAAGGAUAGCCUAGAAUAGAUGGUAGAAGCCUGUCUCAGAAUACAGUUGCAGGGAGAGAGAUUGAGGGUAUUGUAUUUCUCUUGGCAGUGGACUUCAUUCAUAUGUCUUCAACCUGUUUGUUUUUUCUUUUGGGACUUGUAUCAUUUUAGAUGUUUAUAUUCUCUCUCUCUCUUUUUCCAGUCUCUCGUCUCCUUCCCUCCCUCCCUACCUAAAGGAAUGGAAUGAUGCUGUGUUUGUUGUGUUUGUUUCAGUUAGAUCUUAACCUUGCUAUAUGUCUCUCCUUUGAAUAAUAGGGCUUAAAAGAAUAAUGAAUCCUGAAUUUGAGUGACUUUUACAAAGCAAUAUGAGCUGCAGAGCUUGUUUCUUGCCAUUAGGUGGCACCAGAAGUCAUCAAUACCUGUUUUGUAACAAGUGAGCUUGAGAAAAUUUUAAAAAAUUAGACAUUUAUUUAGCCAAAAGGAAUGAGGAAAGCAUUUGCACAUUUAUGUUUUAUCUGAUAGUUCAUAAGGAACUUUCACAAUGCCUCACAGUUAGAGUAAGUGUGGGCAACUGGCAUUAUAAAGUGAACCCUAAAAACAAAUGUAACAAUAUAACAUUAUUCUGUGUUCUUUUUUUUUUUUUUUUUUUUUGGUUCUUUUUUUCGGAGCUGGGGACCGAACCCAGGGCCUUGCGCUUCCUAGGUAAGCCCUCUACCACUGAGCUAAAUCCCCAGCCCCCUGUGUUCUUUCUUAACCACAAGUGUAUGCUUUCCACUUCUCUGGGUUGAUCAUUAUUUUCCUAGUAAAUACUUUUUACCUAGUAAAUACCAGUUUACCAAAUGUUAACCAGAUUUGUAGAACCUUUUUUUUUUUUUUUAAUGUUGCAAAGACCCGAAUGAUGUUGGAUAAUUGUGGGAAAAGUAAAUCCGUCUCAGGAUCACUGUCACUGCUGUUGCCACUAGUGAUUCUUAGGAAAACACAGUCGACUUUUCCAACAAAAUGUAUGAUACUAUAUGUUCGAUAUUAGAACAGUUGUCCCAUGAAUGAUUCUAUGAAGCUAUGCAUCUUAGACCUCUUGAGCUGUGAAUUAGCACUAUUUUCUAUAGUUAUUAUUCUCCUUGUUUUAUACUUUCCAUGUGCAUUUCAAAUAAUGUUAAUGUUAGUCAAUCAUUUUCUGAAUUGUUAACUCUUACUCUCUGGUUUAAAUACUGAAACAUGAUUAAUUGCUAACUACAGCUUAGAAACCCAGUAUCAAUUGUAUUUAACAUCGUUAGGAGCAUGAUCAUAAAUGCUAUGUUGACACAUCAUUUUAACAUUUAGAGUUGAUAAGGGUUUAUAUCUCAUCUGUCCAUAUCGUUUGCAAAGGAACAAGGUCUUAUGUAGGUGAGAGAAGGCAUUUGUACGAAGUUAGAUUUGAACAUAGACAGGACAGGCCUGUUCCAUUUGAGAAUGUUGUUGGAAGAAUGUCUGUGAAUCCAGACAUGGGUCCUGCUUAGUGCCGUAGGUAGACUGAGUCUCCUGUAGGCCAUCAUUACGUAGUAAUUUUGGUUCUGAAUUUUACAUUAAAUUAUUUGAGUAUAAACAAACCUAAAUUUUAAAAUCUGUAAAUAUAUUAUUUUGAUGUAUUAAGAUUGAUAUUGAUGAUUUAAAUUUUAUUUAUGCACAUACUUAAAGGACAGAAAUGUCUGGGAAAAUAAUUGUUAAAUAAUGAUAUGUAGCUUUUUAACUUUUUAAAUAAAUAAGAUUUUUUUAAUGUGGGUCUCCCUCAGGGUUGUUUAAAGUUGUUUGUUUUCCUCCCUUAAAUAUAAAUAAAUAGUGGUAACUGUUUUCUACCUUCUAGCACCAACUGCUGUAAAGGAAUGCUGCAAAUAGUGCUUGGGUGAGAGCAGUGACUUUUAUGUUUUAUAAGCCUGACAUUCUGAAGCUCUCCAAUCGCACCUUUCAUUUCAGCAAGCCUGUCACUGUUUUCACACUUUAUCCCCAUGAUGAAAGCAGUGCACAGUUCCACAGGCGUGGUGAAGAAUGUUCGCUUUCACUCGUGUGUAUAUAUGUAUAUGCAUACAUAUAUAUAUAUAUAUUCCAAAAGCAGCAAAAACUCAGAUCCAGUGACGAGCAACUUCAAGCUUUAGAGAACACCUAAUAUCUCAUGCAUGCAGUUCUGUUGUAUCAAAAGGAUUUUGUGUAUUUAUGGUGGGAGGCUACUGGGAACUUUAACAAGAUAGGGUAUUAACUUUUGUACAGUCUGGGCAUUUACAUGUAUUUUUAAUGUAUUACAAUUUGGUAAUUAUGUGCACAUGAAAUUAAUAAAAGUUACUUCCUGUUAUAAUUUGUAAAUUCCCUGAGACCGUGGAUUUUUUAAGUAACUUUAUAUAUCAGAAAUGACACAUCUUUAUAUUUUUAAAAUUGUAUUGCUGCUCAAAAAUGGUACCCUGUUGUCAAAAAGGUAGAUAUUCAUAAUUGUACAUUCAGCCUUGUAAAUAACUGUAUGAAAUCUUUUUUGAUUGAAGCUAUUCAAAAUAAAACUUUUAAUGAAUUAAA